GCUAGCUGUCAAAAACAGUAAAGAUGGCGAACCGGACGGUAAAGGACGCGAAAUCAAUUCGCGGUACAAAUCCACAAUAUUUAAUAGAAAAAAUCAUCAGAGCACGUAUAUACGAUUCGAAAUAUUGGAAAGAAGAAUGUUUCGCUCUUACAGCAGAGUUGUUAGUGGACAAAGCGAUGGAAUUGCGCUACGUCGGCGGCGUGCACGGCGGUUUUAUUUACCCGACUCCUUUUCUAUGUUUAGUUCUCAAAAUGCUGCAGAUCCAACCUGAGAAAGAUAUUGUGGUUGAGUUUAUUAAGAACGAAGAAUUUAAAUAUGUGCGUGCAUUGGGCGCUUUUUACAUGCGCCUCACAGGAACGUCCGUAGACUGUUACAAGUACCUGGAGCCCUUAUUUAAUGAUAACCGCAAAUUGAGGCGUCAGAAUCGCCAGGGACAGUUUGAGAUAGUGCACGUAGACGAAUUCAUAGAUGAGCUGCUUCGUGAAGAACGUUUAUGCGACGUGAUACUGCCGAGGAUACAGAAACGGCAUGUACUGGAGGAAAACAAUGAGUUGGAGCCUAAAGUAUCAGCCCUGGAUGAUGAUUUGGACGAAGAUAUGCCCUCUGAUGACGAUAAUGACCCAGAAUCCAAAGAAAACCGAAGAGACAAGGACAGAAAAGAUAGGGACAAGAGGAGAGAAAGAUCACGAGACCGUGAUCGCAGGCCGAAAGACCGCAAACGGGAGCGCUCGCGCAGCAGAGAACGCGAACGGCGGCGAGAACGAGACCGCGAGAGGGAGAAGGAACGCGAGCGCGAGCGAGACCGCGACAGAGAACGCAGAGAGCGCGAACGUGAGAAAGAGAGGGAAAGGGAGAAGGAGAGAGACAGAGAGAGGAGGGAGAGGCGUGAGGUUGAGAGAAGGGACAGAGACAGAGGCGGGAGGUAUUAGUGAGAAUAAAAUCAUUUUA